AUGGAAGAGUUAUGGUGUCGAAUCUCACCAUAUCAAUCAAGCGUGUUCUUCACUUUGUACUGGUUAACGCUGGUCAUCCUACUGAAGAAAAGUGGCAUUCAACGGCAACUUCUUAUCUCAGUGGCAACCUUGCUGCUCUGCAUUGCAACUGCCCAUCUAAUUGUCGAUUUUGUUCGAGGGUUAGAGGCAUUCGUAUUCCAGGCCAAUACUCUUGGUACAGAUGCUUACUAUUCCAAUCCUGGUCUGCCGGCAUCGAUGGCACUUUACGUCGUGCAAACCACUCUUGCUGAUGGUGUACUUGUUUGGCGAUGUUAUGUGCUUCACAAGAAAAGCCUCUUCGUUGCUAUCCCUGGUUGUAUCGUGCUGUUAGCCAGUAGUGCCGUUGCGUGCUAUGCUGUCUGGUCCAUUUCUCAGCUUUCUCAGCUUGCCGAAACUUCCGCCGCUGAUUCUGCAUGCCUCAUCACAUUCUAUAUAUUGACCAUGUUUAUCAGCAUGACUUGUACCACCUUGAUUUCCUGGCGCAUCUAUCGCACUCGCCGUUUCAUGCCAGGAGGCCUUGGAACUCUUUUACCCGUUGUCAUCGUUGUCAUCGAGAGUGGUGCUUUAUAUGCCAUGAGUGUCCUUGCCCUCCUUCUAGCAUUCUGGACCGGAUCCAGAGGUCAAUCCGUCAUGCUUGACAUCAUCACUCCUAUUGUGGGGAUCACAUUCUGCCUUGUGGUCCUACAAGUGCAUUUCCACGUAGGUGGCAGGCCCCCCAGCGAACAGCUCACUGAUCCAAGGAACAUUAUGACCAACCUCUUACGAGGGCGAGGUGACCGGGACGUGGGUUUCAGUGUUGAACCGAUUGCUGUACUCAUCACGGAGGAGGCGGAGAUCGUCCAGUCUGACAUGACGGGCGGAAAGAAUGACCAAUCGGUCUCAAAGGGUAUUUUCCAGUUGUAA